GCAGCGCGGCAGUGUAGUUCCCUCGGCGCCCGGCUCCCUCGCGUUAGUCGUGCUGUGUUGUGAUCACGUGGCCGGCUCCGGGCGCGGCGCUUGUUUUGGUUUCUCUAUUGCUUGGCCCUGGGAGCUUCUGGGUUAGCAAUUUUCAUAUACGCUUGCAGCGCCCGCCUACAUCCUGAGCUCCUCCUCUUUGGGGUUUCUCGGCCCCUCGGGGCCGGCUCCUGCCAUGCCGCUGGUCCGCUACAGGAAGGUGGUCAUCCUCGGAUACCGCUCUGUAGGGAAGACAUCUUUGGCACAUCAAUUUGUGGAAGGCGAGUUCUUGGAAGGCUAUGAUCCUACAGUGGAGAAUACUUACAGCAAGAUAGUGACUCUUGGCAAAGAUGAGUUUCACCUACACCUGGUGGACACAGCAGGGCAGGAUGAGUACAGCAUUCUGCCCUAUUCAUUCAUCAUUGGGGUCCAUGGUUAUGUGCUUGUGUAUUCUGUCACCUCUCAGCAUAGCUUCCAAGUCAUUGAGAGUCUGUACCAAAAGCUACAUGAAGGCCAUGGGAAAACCCGGCUGCCAGUGGUGCUAGUUGGGAACAAGGCGGAUCUCUCACCAGCCAGAGAGGUCCAAGCAGUUGAAGGGAAGAAGCUGGCAGAGUCCUGGGGUGCGACAUUUAUGGAGUCAUCGGCUCGAGAAAAUCAGCUGACUCAAGGCAUCUUCACCAAAGUCAUCCAGGAGAUUGCCCGUGUAGAGAACUCCUACAGCCAAGAGCGUCACUGCCGUCUCAUGUGAGCCUUUCGGCAUUGGGUAACUGCUUUGUUCCUGCUCCUGGCAUUUGCCAGGCUCUAGUGGGGCAUACCCUCAGGACUUCACGGGUAUGGUUGCCAGCUGUGCUCCCAGCCCUCUGGGCACACAGUCUGGUACCCUCAUGUUUGCACACUUCUCCCAGGUUCCAGCGGCCUGGGUGUCAAUGUUUACAAAGGGACACGAAUGUCUCAUGGGCACUGGCCUCUAGCCCUGUCUUUUGGCUAAUGAGUUCUGUUAUAGCCUGCAGCAUUUGGACCUGAGUCCUGGGCAUUGUUUAUCCAGCACCCAACCUCCUGUGUAGGUGUUAGAUAUUGGCUAGGUAAAGGGACCUUGGGACUCCUGAAGUGGUUGGUUCCCUCUGGUGACAAUGUACAUAUGCAAAUAAACUGAGAAAUCUUU